GGAAGUACAGCUUGUAUCCGUAUUUAAAGGCGCCAACAAAGGCUAAUUCAGGAGCAGCUUCACAACCUGCCAUCUUCACAUACAUCAUCCAAUAGUACAUUGCGGCGUAGUUUGUUUAACGCAUUAAGAUGCCCGAGGAAACAGCAUCUGCUUCAACUGCCGAAAGUAUGGCGGUGGAACCUUGCUCCUCAAGCGCUGCAGACAGCUCCGUCGAUGUUACUGAGGAAGCAAAGAAGCUGAUUGGCACAGGCAACCGGCACUUAGUGAUGGGUGAUGUUGUGGCGGCAGUCAGUGUCUUCCAGGAGGCUUGUGCCAUGCUAGCUGAGAAGUAUGGAGACACUGCAGAUGAAUGUGGAGAAGCUUUUUUCUUGUGUGGAAAGGCCCUUCUGGAGCUUGCCAGGAUGGAGAAUACUGUGCUUGGUAAUGCUUUAGAGGGAGUCCCAGAAGAAUCCUCUGAAGAGGGCGAGAAACAGAAUGACUCCAAGAUUGAAAGUGCUGACAACUUGGAUGAGGAAACCAGAGAUGAGCUUCGAGCACAGGUUUAUGAUGCCAUGUCAGCGGACAACAAAACUCAGUCAGAGGUGGAAACGGAGGUGGGGGAAGGUGAGCAGAAGAACCAAGAAGAUAAGCAGAAUGAAGUUGAAGUGCCAAAGGAAGCGGAUGCAGCAUCACCUAAAUCUGCGAAACCAGCUGAAAGGGAGAAACUAGCUGAAGAUGAGGCAAAACCUGGUGACGAUGAGAAAAUAUCUGAAGACAAGGCAAAGCCUGAUGAAAAGGAGAAACUAGCUGAAGACAAGGCAAAGCCUGCUGAAAAUGAGAAACUAGCCGAAGACAAGGCAACACCUGCUGAAAAUGAGGAACUAGCUGAAGACAAGGCAACACCUGCUGAAAAUGAGAAACUAGCUGAAGACAAGGCAAAACCUGCUGAAAAUGAGAAACUAGCUGAAGACAAGGCAAAACCUGCUGAAAAUGAGAAACUAGCUGAAGACAAGGCAAAACCUGCUGAAAAUGAGAAACUAGCUGAAGACAAGGCAACACCUGCUGAAAAUGAGGAACCUGCUGACAAGGAUGUUAAGGCAAAUGGUGUAGAUGAAGGUGCUUCUAAAAAGGAAGACAUCACUUUGUCAAACAGUGAAAAGGCUGAAAAAGAUGAGGAGAAAAAUGAAGAUACUGAAGAACCCAUGGAAGAGGAUGGUGGAGAUGACGAUGAGGAUGACGACGAUGAUGAGGAUGGCGAGGGUGACUCGAAGGAUAAGGAAAGUGAGGAGGAUGAAGUUGGCAACCUGCAGUUGGCCUGGGAGAUGCUUGAGGUUGCAAAGGUGAUUUAUAAAAGAAAAGACUGCAAAGAAGAUCAGCUAAUGGCAGCACAAAUUUACCUGAAACUUGGAGAAGUUGGCGCUGAAUCAGGUAACUACAGCCAGGCUCUGGAGGACUUCAAUGAGUGUUUAACCUUGCAGCUGAAACACCUUCCCUCUCAUAGCCGUCUUUUGGCUGAGACUCAUUACCAGUUGGGCACAACUUACUGCUACACUGCCCAGUACAGCCAAGCCAUUGAGCACUUCUCCAAAUCUAUCAAAGUCAUCGAGAGCCGUCUUGCUAUGCUUCAGGAAGUGAUAGACAAGACUGAAGGUGCAGAGGCAACAAAGGAGAAGACCGAGCUUGAGGAGUUGAAACAGUUGCUGCCAGAAAUUACUGAGAAGAUUGAAGAUGCUAAGGAGGGCCAGAGGACUGCUGCUGUGGCUUCUGAGGCCAUCCAUCAGACUCUUGCAGGAGCAUCCACGUCAUCUGCUUUUCCAGCUGAAAAUGGUGGCCCAUCUUCAUCUACUGCUAGUCAGAUUCCUGUGAAGCCAGCUGAUGGUGCUUCUUCCUCAAAAUCUGCAUCUGAUAUUUCCCACCUUGUCCGCAAAAAGAGGAAACCAGACGAGGAGAGUCCAAAAAAGGACAGUGAUGCUAAAAAGACAAAACAGGAGACCUCAGUUAAUGGCAGUGAUGACUCCGCCCACAACGGCAAUGGAGUCCAGGAGAAAAUGGAGCAGGAGUCAGCCAAUUCUUCCUCUGUGGAGACCUCAGCGUGAUGGACUUCCUCUGACCUCUUACCUUCCAACCAGCAGAGCAUGCCUGCAUCAUACUCAUGAACAACUUGUCUGUUCUGUAAAUAACCUGUUUUCUUUGUCCAAUUUUUGUAUAAUUGUAGUAAACUUUCAAUAAAGGAUAUUUGCAUAUGUGAA